AUGCAGAGCUACGGAUCUUCACAAAAGGCUGUCAUCAAGAAUGCCGACAUGAGUGAGGAGAUGCAACAAAAGGCAGUCGAUUGUGCUCAAGACGCCAUGGAGAAAUUCAACAUUGAGAAAGACAUUGCUGCACACAUUAAGAAAGAAUUUGAUAGAAUGUAUAAUCCAACAUGGCACUGCAUUGUGGGCCGAAACUUUGGCAGCUAUGUGACUCACGAGACAAAACACUUUAUCUACUUCUACAUGGGCCAGGUUGCCAUUCUGCUAUUCAAAUCUGGCUAA